AUGCGUUUUAGUUUUGACGAGCUUUACGGCACCGAAACGCCAGAAUUGUGCGAUGAAGACGAGUAUUCAAUUAUUGGAAGUGAUGACGAGGAUAUUCCACGGUUAAGAGUUCCCAAAUGCAACAAUUCUGGGUUCAAAACUGGUCUUUACGCGCUGGACGAUCAAUUAGACGAGAAUCUACAAGAAUUACUGGCGAAUUUGGAUCUAAGUGCCAAGCUUCCAGGGCCUGGUAAAGUGAGGUACUCGAGGAAGAUUAAUAGCAUGGGGGCAAAUACCAUGACUCCAGAAGUUUUUAAGAAACCGGCCACCACAACCGUGGAAGAUAGAGGCUUGGGAUUGACUGAACUGCAGAAUAAGGUGACUAAGGAAAUUUUACGGAAAGUCGAGGCUUUACAACAGAGUAACGACAAACAAGUUCAGAUCGUUCGAACUGAAAAACAACGAGUAUUGGAGGAGCAACGAAGAGAAGCUCAGCGGCAGCGAGAGCUGGAACUCGAGAAAGAACGGCAACAAGAAGAAGAGGAACGACGCAAACGCCAACACGAAGAAGAGCAGCGGAAACAGGAUCAGGAGAAACAGAAACAAGCAGAAUUCAAGGCUAAACAGGAACAAGAAGAACGUGAAAGGCAAGAGAAGUUGGCUGCAGAGCAAGAAGCAGCAGCAGCUCAACAACGGGCACGCGAAGAGGCCGUUAAGGGCAAGGGAAUCACGAAUUUCGCAGCAAUACACACCUCGUUCAAGCAUUAUAAGAAUCAAAUCAAGCAUAUCAAGACUGAAGUGGUCGAAGUUGUCAAAAAAGAUGCGAAUUUGAAGUCGAUUUUAUCCAAGCACAAACGCAAAAUCAACCCUAAAUUUGGGCAAUUGACCAACAGCGAACAACAUUUACAAUCGAUCAUUUUGGAACUUCGAUCCCUGGUGGACCAGACCAAGCCCAAUAACCUGGGAUACCAAUGGAUUCUCAAUUUCAUCGCAAAAGCCCUUGUGUCGCAGGCCGAAACAGAGGUUCGGGUCAAACCCGAGAGCGCAGUGCCAUUGGCAAAGCUGGCAUUGAAUCUACUGGUGCACUAUCCCGAGCUUUUGGAACUUUUGAUGGCACGGUUUGUGAAAAAGUGUCCAUUUGUGAUUGGUUACUCCUGCAGCAUUGAAUCAGAAGCCGGUCGUUACAAUAUGGGGUGGAGACGUAGUCGAGACGACGCGUGGGAGGAUGAAACCUCAUAUGAUGAACGGAUGGGUGGUAUUGUGACGUUGUUUGCAACGAUAACUCGUCUGCCGUUGCCUGCGGAACUGAUUCAAACGCAUAAGCACCCAUUGCCCAUUUCGCAUUCAUGGCAAUUGGUUGCGCGUGUGGCAAACACUGCACCGGAAUUAUUGAGCAAUACGCAUUUUGUAGUUUUGGGAAGUUGGUGGGACGCGGCAGCUGCUCAAUUGUUACAGGCGUUUGCAGGACAAGCACACAAGCUGUUGGUGUUGAUUGCUACAGAUUUAACAGGUUCAGUGGCGGAACGUCGGUACGUGGGGGCUGCGCGCUUGAGAAUUUUGUUUGAGGAGUAUGAAACGGUGGGGAAGCCGGGGAGUUUUCCGGAUUUGAGUUGA